UAGAAAUACUACCACAACAGCUUGGUUGCUUGGAUUGUGUCACUCCUGAACGGCCACGGGGGCCAGCUGCGGUCCUGGCGACAGUCACGGUAGACUUGGUGUGCGUUACGUGAACCACAAUAAGAAGUCGACAGAACACCCCGAGUUUAGCAAACAGACGCAAUAUGACCGCUGGGAGAGAUAAUAAACAGGUGUCGAAAUUGAAGGACGUAAGUCGCCAUACGGACAAAACAACGGACAAGGCUAAUGAGAAGCAAGACCAAGAGGCACAGAGAGGAGGAUGGUGGAAGAAUACCAUCAAGGACACCCCUAACCCCGGCACCUACCAGAUCCGAGACUUCAUCGAGGAGGCCAGGCUGAAGCCUGUGCGCAUGACCUACGGCUUUAGGGGCACAGGGCGGAACGGCAAGAUGAUCCAGGAACCCAAGGGAGAUCUGCUUCUACCAGGAGCAUAUGACUUCCUGGAUUCCACGCAGCAGAUGUUGCAGCGCCAGGCUUCAUGUGCCUUCAAGAACCGCCCACGGCCCGAGAACUACACACUGGGCGUCCGUGACAAGGAUGUAAACCUCUCCCCUUGCCACUAUGACACUAUGGAGAAGCCUGUCCCUGUACUACCUUGUAGACAUAUGAUGUUUCGUUCGGCCGUACCACGUCUCACCUUCCUGCCUAAAGACGGUCCUGCUCCUGGACAGUACGAUGUGAAGAACCAGAGUUGCAGGCCCGGCAUCUCCUCCAGCUUCAAGUCCACGGUCCCGCGCCUUCACUCUGUUCGCUCGAGGACUCCAGGUCCGGGGACCUAUGAGCCGGUGCUGCAGCUGGGCCAGAGGAUGGGUCCAAUGGCUGAAAUGGGCGUCCACGGCCUGCUCUUCCGCAACGUCUUCUGAGCCGGAUGGAUCCCCCGUCUCACACCAUCCCGCCCCAUCCCAUCCUGUUCAGCCAUCAAUCUAUUAUGUCAACAGUUUAGCGUGUAUUCAUGGCCAGACAGCCACUCACCGCUUCGUUGUGUUGUGUUUCGUUGUGUCAUAGUAUAUUGCCAACCUUAAAAUAAUUUGAAACCCUCUGGAAA